AAACAUUGAGUGAGGCGGACGGAGACAAAAUAAUUGUUCUGCGUUUGGUUCUGAGACUCCAACCUCUGCACUCUCGAUCUCUCCGCCAUUGCUCCCCUCUAUUAAACCGACCGGCGUCAUCUGAUCGACGACUUCAUGCAGUGCCGCUGUUCCCAUUGAUUCCCCUGCCUCUGCAUCUUGAAGUUCCUCUUCUCCGACUUCGCUAUCGGGAAGAUGAAUGCAUAUAUUGUGAGUGUCCUUGUUCCACUGGUAUUCACUCUCAUCCUCCGAAAUUCGAAGAAAGAAAAGAAAAGGGGAUUACCUGUUGUUGUUGGUGGUGAGCCGGGAUAUGCGAUAAGAAACCUCCGGUUCACAACCCCAGUUACAACAGCCUGGGAAGGAAUCUCCACUCUUGCAGAACUCUUUGAGCAGGCAUGCAAGCAGCAUCCAAAUAGACCUUUGCUUGGGACUAGAAAGCUGAUCUCAAGAGAGACUGAGGUGAGUCCAGAUGGGAGGUCAUUCGAGAAGCUCCAUCUGGGGGAGUACGGGUGGCUGACCUAUAGAAAAACAUUUGAAGCUGUAUGCAAUUUUGCCUCUGGUCUGGCACAACUGGGGCAUAAAAGAGGGGAGCGUGCAGCAAUCUAUGCUGAUACUAGAGAAGAAUGGUUUAUAGCAUUGCAGGGUUGCUUUAGGCGAAAUGUCUCCGUUGUAACCAUAUAUUCAUCUUUGGGAGAGGAAGCGUUAUGCCAUUCACUUAAUGAGACAGAGGUAACAACUGUUAUUUGUGGGUCCAAAGAACUGAAGAAGCUCGUUGACAUUAGCGGACAACUUGAUACAGUGGAACGAAUAAUUUGUAUGGAUGAUGAAAUUCCAAGCAAUCUGUCGUUGGUUGAUAGGAGCCGUAUUUGGAAUAUCACCUCUAUGGCUGAAGUGGAAAAACUUGGCCGAGAGAAUUCCAUUGAGCCCGAUUUACCUCUUGCUUCUGAUAUUGCAGUAAUAAUGUACACAAGUGGAAGUACUGGUUUGCCUAAGGGUGUUAUGAUGACACAUGCAAAUGUUCUGGCUACUGUUUCCGCUGUGAUGACAAUUGUUCCUGGUCUAGGGAAUAAAGAUGUUUAUCUUGCUUAUCUCCCUCUGGCCCACAUUCUUGAAUUGGCUGCUGAGAAUGUAAUUGCUGCUGUAGGAAGUGCAAUAGGGUACGGAACACCUUUGACCCUCACAGAUACAUCUAAUAAAAUUAAGAAGGGGACAAAAGGUGAUGCCACUGCCCUGUCACCAACUGUCAUGACAGCUGUACCAGCCAUUCUUGACCGUGUACGUGAUGGUGUUCGGAAGAAGGUGGAUGCAAAGGGGGGUUUGUCCAAACAAUUGUUUGAUUUGGCAUAUUCCCGUAGACUGUCAGCUGUAAAUGGCAGUUGGUUUGGGGCUUGGGGACUUGAGAAGCUUCUAUGGAAUUUUCUUGUGUUCAGGAAAAUUAGAGCUAUUCUAGGAGGUCGUAUACGUUUUAUACUGUCCGGCGGCGCUCCGCUUUCUGGUGAUACACAAAGAUUUAUCAACAUUUGUCUUGGUGCUCCAAUAGGUCAAGGGUAUGGUCUCACUGAGACUUGUGCUGGUGGGACAUUUUCUGAAUUUGAUGAUACAACAGUUGGUCGUGUUGGAGCUCCACUUCCUUGCUCCUUUGUCAAGUUGAUAGAUUGGCCUGAAGGUGGAUAUUUAACAACCGAUUCACCAAAGCCUCGUGGAGAAAUAGUCAUUGGUGGUCCCAAUGUCACGCUCGGGUAUUUCAAGAAUGAGGCAAAAACAAGAGAUGUCUACAAGGUUGAUAAGAGAGGAAUGAGAUGGUUCUACACGGGGGACAUAGGGCAAUUCCAUGCUGAUGGUUGCCUCGAGAUCAUUGACCGCAAGAAAGACAUAGUCAAACUUCAGCAUGGAGAAUACGUCUCCUUAGGAAAGGUCGAGUCUGCCCUUUUCGUGAGCCCUUAUGUUGAAAACAUCAUGAUUCAUGCUGACCCUUUCCACAGCUACUGUGUGGCUCUCGUGGUAGUUUCACAUCCCGCUUUGGAAGAAUGGGCUUCAAAGAAAGGAAUUUCUUUCACUGAUUAUGCAGAACUGUGUGAGAAAGAAGAGACGGUAAAGGAAGUAUAUUCUUCCCUUGUCAAGGCAGCGAAGGAGGCCCGUCUUGAGAAAUUUGAGAUCCCUGCCAAGAUAAAGCUGCUGCCGGAUCCAUGGACUCCCGAAUCUGGACUAGUCACAGCGGCCCUCAAGCUCAAGAGGGAUGUCAUCAGAAGGGCAUUCUCGGAAGAGCUGUCUAAGUUAUACUCUUGAUAUAGGUUCUAUAUGUUCGGCAGGCCUUGGCAUGAUCUAGGAGCUCCUGUUGUAAGAUUUCGGAGUUUUCUUUUCCUUUCCCAAUUUUGCCCUUUCUAUCUGGAUUUGUUCUCUGUCGUUAAAUAUUCGAGUGUCAUAUGCACUAGAAAAAAGGCUUGUUGCAACGUUGUUGCAGUUAAUUUUACUCGAGUUUCAUAUUCACUAGAAAAAAGGCUUGUUGCAACGUUAUUGCAGUUUAUUUUACGGUGAAAUCAUAUCUAGAAUUCUCAUUUAGGUUCCGUUGUAUAAAAUUCAAAAUUACAUUGUACCUUUAUUCCAUUCU